AUGUCUACAUCUCAAUGCCACACUGCUUCGCAUUGGGACGAUGAGAGCUUCUAUCGAUAUACUGGCGGCCGCUGGCUCUACAAUGAAAAAAAGCAGAUGGCAGACCGGUCCGUCAAAUUCAACAUGACAGAGCUCGUUCGAGCUGCUGCUAUAUCCCAGGGCUGCGAUAUUUCCUCUUGCGUGAAAGUGGAAAAGCUGCCUGAGGGAGACCACAACAAGGUCUUUCUCAUUACUUUGCAUGAUGGGCGCCAGGUGGUUGCAAAGGUGCCUAACAGAAACGCUGGGUUGCCUUUCUUUACCACCGCCAGCGAGGUGGCCACCAUGGACUUUGGGAGAAAAGUUGCUGGACUGCCAAUUCCAAAGGUGUAUGACUGGAAUCCGCAUACAUCUAACAAUGAUGUUGGUGCAGAGUACAUUAUUAUGGAAAAGGCUAAGGGGGUCCUGCUAAGCUCCAAGUGGCCUUCUAUGAAGAAUGAUGAGAAGAUAAACUUGAUCAAAAGCGUUAUUUUGCUGGAAAAAUCCCUCCUGGCCCACCACUUCCAUCAUAUCGGGAGUUUAUACCACAAGCAGGACCUUGCACGGCAUCACAACAUGUUUCUUGAUACCUCUUACUGCGACUUUAUCAUUGGGCCUACCACUGAGAGGAAGUUUAUACAUGACGGGAGAAGGGCUGUGUAUACAGACAAAGGCCCUUGGAACUCCGCUUUAGAUUAUAAUCUAGCCUCCUCUAGGCGCGAGAGAGAAUGCAUUGUGAGAGGACUUAGAUUCCCGCGGCCAGAAGGAAUAUUCGGUGGUCCUGGAGGCUAUGAGCCUACAGCAAAGAACAAACUUGAUGUGCUGGAUGACUUUGAGAAGGUCGCAGCAUAUCUUCUUCCCAAAGACACAUCCGUACAUAUUCCGGUUCUAUGGCAUGGUGACCUCCAUGACAAUAAUAUCUUUGUCGACCCAGACGACCCAUCAAAAAUACUCUCGAUCAUUGACUGGCAAGCCACGUAUAUCGCACCACUUUUCCAACAAGCUCGAACUCCAGGCUUUCUUGACUUUGCCGGACCCCAACCGUCCAUUGGUCUCACAGCCUUGCCUCCGCUACCAGACGAUUUUGAGUCCUUGAGCACAGCUGAGAAGGAAGAAGCCAAGAAAUUACAGUCAAAGCAGUCCCUGUAUAAGAUAUACGAAAUACACUCUGGCCGCGAGAACAUGCCUGUCUUCAAAGCAUUGCAGCAUUCAGAAAUCCUAGGCAGCCAAAUCAUUUCACUUAUCUCUCAAGUGUUCAACGACGGAGAACCCAUCAUAAAGGGGCAGAUAAUGCAGCUCUCGUUCGAGUGGAAGAAACUCGUUGGCCCAGACGGCCUCCCAUGUCCGCUUCAGUUCACCGAAGCUGAUAUUGCAGCACAGGAAUUUGACCAGCAAAGAUGGGAAGAAGGGGUUCAAUUGAAGGGGGACGUGUUAGAAGCUCUGGGGGGUACAGAACAUGGCUGGGACGGCUGGUCUAGCCACGAGGAUUACGACGCUCUUACGAAGAAGUUGGCAAUAGUCAAGGAGCAAUUCAUGGAGUGCAUGGCGAGCAAUGAAGCAGAGAGGGAAGCGUGGGAAAAUGCAUGGCCAUAUAGAGAUGAUUAA